AUGGCUUCCACCAUGCCGCCCGUUCCUGCAAAGGACGAUGUUAACGCUACCUGGAAAUAUUUAGAGGCUGGUGUCGACAAAAUCAUGACCAACCUGCGUGGUGGUAUGGAUAUGAAGACCUAUAUGGGCCUCUACACAGCCAUCCAUAACUUCUGUACCGCACAAAAGGCCGUUGCCGGCUCGUCUUUCGCAGCGAACAACAACCGUGGAGGUGCUCACCUACUUGGAGAAGACCUCUACCAGCACCUGAUUGAAUAUCUCAAGGCACACUUGGCUGGAGUACAAGCUCAAUCGAAGGAGCACGUCGACGAGGCGCUACUCACAUUCUACAUCAAGGAAUGGAACCGAUAUACGACCGCCGGCCAGUACAACAACCACUUGUUCAGGUACCUGAACCGUCACUGGGUGAAGCGGGAGAUGGACGAGGGCAAGAAGCACAUCUACGAUAUAUACACACUGCACUUGGUGCGAUGGAAGGAGGACAUGUUCACUGGCACACAAGAGAGCGUCAUGCGCUCCGUUCUGAAGCUUGUCGAGAAGCAGCGGAACGGCGAGACCAUCGAACAGUCCCACAUCAAGUCAGUGGUCGACUCAUUCGUGUCACUGGGUCUGGAUGAGGCUGAUAGCUCAAAGUCGACGCUGGACGUAUACAAGGAGUACUUCGAGAAGCCCUUCUUGGAGGCGACCGCAACAUACUACGACAACGAGUCAAAACAAUUCUUGGCGGAGAACAGCGUUGUGGAGUACAUGAAGAAGGCCGAGGCUCGUCUUGACGAAGAGAAGGAACGUGUGCCGCUUUACUUGCUCAAUGAGAUCAUGUCUCCGUUGAUGCGAACCUGUGAGCAGUCCCUGAUCACAAACCACUCACAAGCUCUGCGCGAAGAAUUCCAGAUCCUUCUCGACCACGAUAAGCAAGAAGAUCUUGGCCGCAUGUACAAGCUUCUUGCUCGCAUCCCUGAAGGCCUCGACCCGCUGCGCAACCGUUUCGAGACCCACGUGCGCAAGGCCGGUCUGCAGGCUGUCGAGAAGCUCGCGCAAGAGGGUGAGAGCCUGGAGCCUAAGGUGUACGUCGAGGCCUUGCUUGAGGUUCACACCCAGUACCAGGAUCUUGUCAACAAGGCCUUCAACGGCGAGUCUGAGUUUGUACGAUCUUUGGACAACGCAUGUAGGGAGUUCGUCAAUCGCAACAAGAUCUGCAAAUCCGGCUCCAACAAGUCACCUGAACUUCUGGCCAAGUACACCGAUACUCUGCUGAAGCGUUCAGGCGCAAAGAUGAGCGAGGAGGACGAUAUGGAGAAGUUGCUUACACAGAUUAUGACUGUGUUCAAGUACAUCGAGGACAAGGAUGUCUUCCAGAAGUUCUACUCGCGUAUGUUGGCGAAGCGUCUCGUUCAGACUACAUCUGCAUCCGACGACGCCGAGACUAGCAUGAUCAGCAAGCUCAAGGAGGCAUGCGGUUUCGAAUACACCAACAAGCUCCAGCGCAUGUUCCAGGAUAUGCAGAUCUCGAAGGAUCUGAACGGAGCCUUCAAGGAGUGGCAAUCCAACAAUUUGGACGAGGCCGAUGUCAAGGCUAGCGUCGACGCCAGCUACCACAUCCUUGGUACUGGUUUCUGGCCGCUCCAGCCACCCACCACGCCCUUCACGGCCCCACAACUGAUCGUUCAGACCUACGAGCGAUUCGCUCGCUUUUACAACCACAAACAUCAGGGUCGUAAGCUCACAUGGCUCUGGCAGUUGUGCAAGGGUGAAGUCAAGGCCAAUUACUGCAAGGUCGCCGGCUCCAAGGCCUCUCCCACCUUCCAAGUCUCUACAUAUCAGAUGGCUAUCAUGCUCUUGUUCAAUGACAGUGAUACUGUCAGCUACGACGACAUCGCCGAGGCUACCAAGCUCAACAAGGAGACUCUCGACCCUAGCCUUGGUGUCUUCAUCAAGGCUAAGGUCUUGCUCGCUCAACCGGAGGGUGCCAAGCCUGAGUCAGGUACAACGUACAAGCUCAACACCGGGUUCAAGACCAAGAAGGUCAAGAUGAACUUGAACAUCGGUAUCAAGUCUGAGCAGAAGGCGGAGGCAGAAGAUACGCACAAGACCAUCGAGGAGGAUCGAAAGCUCCUCAUGCAGUCGGCCAUCGUGCGUAUCAUGAAGUCCCGCAAGAAGAUGAAGCACCAGCAGCUGGUCUCGGAGACGAUCCAGCAGAUCAAGAACCGCUUCAUGCCCCGCGUUCCAGAUAUCAAGAAGUGCAUAGACAUCCUCCUCGAGAAGGAGUACCUCGAGCGCCUGGAAGACGACGAGCUCGGCUACCUUGCGUAA